AUGAAUAUUGAAGAAUACAAAAAACUUGCAAGAAAUAAAAUUGAAGCUGAUGCUUUGACUAAACUAGCCUGCGUGCAGCCGAUAACUAAACUCUGAUUAGUACCGUCUGCGAAGCAGCGCGGAGAUCCUUGUUCUGGACCCCCAACGGACUCAACGAAUUACCGGAAGUGCGUUUCGAAUUCCCCUUCAACCUGAUUGGCGAUCACGACAAACAAAACAAAGGCCUUUUUUAACUGGCCAAUCGUGGCGCGUACUCAAAUCUGGGUACACAGCUGGAAGUCCAGAACAAGGAUUUCGGCGCUGUUUCGCAGACGGAGUUAACCAGAGUUUAAUUUCGUCUGCGCGCAGGCUAUGACUAAACAGGUGAGAGAUGUUAUAAAAACAACAAAAUGGCAAAAACAAGAUAUGAGGGAGGGUUUUAAAGAAACAUUUAAACCACUUAUUAAAUCUCAAGAUAGCAUUAAAAAAAGUAUUGAUGAGCAGCAAAACGCAACUAUAGCACAACUUAAAGCUAAUCAACUUGCUCUUACACAAGGUCUUAAUCAAAACAGACUUGUUAUAACUGAAGGAUUUGAUAAAAUGGAUGAGGUAAAAAAAUGGGAUUUGACUCAAUUACCUGGUUUUGAAUCAAUUGAAGAGUCUAAAGAAGAUGAUGUAGUUUUACCCUCUACAUCAGAUGAGGGACCAAAAAUAGCAAAAUUUAAAGCUGAAGACCUCGAUAGAUAUUUAAAUAGUAAAGAUUCACAAGAUAUACUAAGAAUUAACGAAUAUCACAAACUCCCUUCUGAGUUUUUUAAAGAAGAUGUUUCUACCAUUAAUAAAGUAAUUGAUGAUGUUAACGAAGAUUUAAAAGAUUUGAGUGCAAGAAUAAAAAAUACUGCAGAUUUUAUACGAGAUGCAAACGGUUAUGUUUUAGCUCAACCAAAAAGUAAAAAACCACGAGAAGAAACAUUAGAUUACAUAAAAAAUUUUAACAUAUUAAGCAUAUAUGCAACAAAUUUAAGUAAUCUUAAGUAUUAUAAAACAAAAUCUGGCUCUGGAAUGAUUUACUUUAACAACCCACAUCAACUUCUAGACAGACUUGAAUUACUCGGUGGUUCAAUUCUUGCUGGGAAUAAUGGUGUAAUACCUGAGUUUUCUCAAAUAGCACAUCUUCUCAACCAAAUGAAAGUAAUCUCAAAAAAACAACUUAACGAUCUACUAAAAAGUUAUAUAUCUAUUUAAAUAAAUGGAAGAACGAGCUAUCCACAUUUCCUCAAUAAAUAGGGAAAAAAGAGGAACAAACAGACCUGGUGAUUUUACUAUUAAGUUUAAUCCAUCUCUAAAACUUGACCCUGAAAAGAAACAUCAACUUGCUCUUGAUCGUUUGUCAAUGACUUACUCUUGGUAUAAUAUUAGAAGUGAUUAUGGAAACAAUAAAAUCAAAUACACUCAUGAUGGAAGGACUUGGCAAACAAUUACUUUUACAGAUGGAAUGUAUUCCUACUCAGAUAUUAAUGAUUACAUUCAUCAAUAUAUGUCUCAAAAGACUCAUCACUCAACAGAUUCAAGUGGGAAAAAAACUUAUUCAAUCAAUCUAACUUUUAUACUAUCUACCUAUCGAGUGUUAGUAUCACUUGAUGGUGAUUAUCAACUUGAUCUAAGAGGAACAAAUUUUGGAGACCUAAUUGGAUUUGAAAAGAAAAUUAUUACAAAAACAGAGUAUGGAACAAAACUACCAAAUAUAACAAACUCGAUUGAUGUGCUAAAUAUAAACACAACCGCAAUAACUAAUAGUAUUGUAAACGGAAUAAAUACAAAUACUAUUGCUGUGAUACCAACAGACAAUCUUACAAGGUCCUAUCCAUUUUCAUUUGAACCUAAAAGGCCAUUAUAUUGUGAUGUCUCUUCAUUUCACAUUGAUGAAAUGAGAAUCUAUGUGACAGACUCACUUGGAAGACCAGUAAAUUUUAACGGUAUUGAUUGGUUUAUGACUUUGAUACUCCAUUCAAUGUAAUAUAACUAUUAAAAUAAAAAUGAUGAGGCAAUCAGAGUUUAAAAUGAGACUUGACCCUGAAUUGGGUAGAUAUACAAGACAACAUAUUUAUGGAGAAGGAAUGAUGGAUGUGUUUAAAUCAGUUGGUAAAAAAAUAUUUGGAAAAACAGUCAAAUCAGCUGUUAAAAAAGGAGCUAAAAAAGCAGUGACAGCAGCUGCAACAAAAACUGGUGAACAUGUUGGUAAAAAGGCUGGUGAUAAAAUAGUGCAAUUGUUAUUAAAAGAAAAUGCUACACCCUCCCCCAAAAAAGUUACUUUUAAUAAAAAUGUUGAAACAGUACCAAACAAAACAAUGACUCAACAAGAGAUAAAUAAAAGAGUAAAUGCCAUUCUUAGUGGAGGAGGGCGUAAGAGAAAAAUUAUAUAAUUAUUAAAAUAAAAUGAAGUCAUUUAGAAAUCCAAAAUAUUUAGAAAGAUAUGAAGAUGUUGUUUUUGACCUUGAACAGGCUUUAGCAACACCUGCAAAUGCUGCUCAUCAAACUAAAACAGGUCAUAGAUUUUUUGCUGAUAACACAGGAGAAGCUACUCCUUUUGAUUGGUAUAACGCGCGAUUUUCAGUAGAUUUUAAAGUUAAUGAGCUGGCUGCUGGAGCUAAUAUAGAUGCAGAUGGAGAUAAUAAUGGAAUAGUAAAUGGAAGUAGUUCUCUCAUAGAAAAGUUAUCUAUUCUAGCAAAUGGUAGAGAUGUUUAUAGUUGUAAUUACGCUAAUCAUAUAGUUAAUAUUAAAAAUUUGCUUGAGUAUAAUCCAUCUUAUGUUGAGAGUGUUGCCACAAAUGAAUUUUACUAUCUUGAUACAUCAAGAAAUGCAAAUAGAAAAAAGUACUCAGAAAGACAAGUUCAACAUGGAGCUAAUGAUGCUGGUAAUGGUUGGGAAGCAAGAAAUUUUUUAGAUGGAGAUAAUGCUAAUUAUAACAAAGGUUUUUCUAUAAGAAAAACACUAUUAGGCGACUCAGCAACAGUACGAUGUGAAAUCCCCCUCAACAGAUAUUCUUUCUUUGAAGCUUUAGAGGACAAACUUCUUCCAAAUACAAAAAUUGAGCUUAAUAUAGAACUAGAAUCAGAUGCUAAUCUUAUUUGGAGAACUGGAGGUAAUAAUUGUAGAGUUAUACUAACAAGAUUUCAACUAUUUGUUCCAAGAAUGACUUUCAACUCAGAAGGUCAAAAACUAUACAUGGAAAAUUAUCUCAAGCCUUACAAAUGGGUGUAUCUUAAUGAAGUAGUUGAGCGAUCAAAUAACUCUCAACAGCAAACAGGUCAUUUUAGAAUUACGAAUGCAAUCUCAAAACCUCGCCAUGUCUUUGUUUUUGGAAUUAACACAGCUAAUAUUGAUUCACAAACAGCAAAUCCAUUUUUAUACAAUACUUUUAAUUUACCAAAUAAUGCUAAUAUAUCUCGUUGUUAUCUCGAGGUUGGAAAUGGAAAUGAGUACCCUAAUAUUCACUUUAAACCAGCUACAGAUUCAGCAAGAGUUUUCAGAGAAGUAAUGGGUUAUGUUUACGCAAAUAACGACUUUCAAGGUGGAACACUACUUAAUAGAACAAAUUUUGAGACUUUGUUCCCUUUUGUUUACUUUGACCUGACAAAACAAAAAUUAGAUAUAAAAGAUGGAGUAACUAAACUAGCAUUUCAUUACGAGUUAUCUGCUAAUCCAAACGCUGAUUAUAAUUUAUACGCUUUAAUACUUCACGAACGAGUGGCAGAAAUCGAACAGCAAGGAGGAAAACUAUUGCUUCGAGCAUAA